AUGCUGCUCCAAGAAGUUAACAGCACCGAGAUCGUCAUCCCAGGAUACGACGCCUACUUUCAACCCACAAUCACGCAUCGCUCGCAAGGGCGGGAAUCGGGCAGAAGAAACGCGCGGGGGCAGACGGCGAUCUACAUAGACAAGACCGUUCCACACAUUGAGGUGAUUGACCUGAGCAGAUGGUGCAACGAUCACCAGGAAGUAGUGGGCGUCCGCACCCGGUUCAGCAAACGCACCCUGCUCCUUGUUUCGGUCUACGUCCGGCCAAGAAGGACGGGCAGAGCGCGCGAGAAUUGGGAUUGGAUAUACUACAUUCGAUCCACCUACUCCAGCGAUAUACUCGUUAUCGCGGGAGAUUUCAACGCGCGGCAUCAGGCGUGGGGCUAUGCCGAGAAUCACUACAGGGGAGAGACCCUACGCGACGUGAUGGCUGCCAACUACAUGGAGCUGCUCAACGACCCUAAUAUUCCGACACGUUACGGACACGGACGCCAGGGGGAUACAACCCCAGACCUCACGUGGGGGUCGCGUAACGCACGGACAGAUUGGGAAGUUCACAUGGACGCGAUGGGCAGCGACCACUUCCCCAUACUUGUCACGCUCAAAAAUGUAAGAGGAAAAAAUAACCAGAAAAUAAAAACUCAAAUCACAAAGUGGGAUGACUACAGAAACCUACUACAAGAAUGGGAGGUCCUGGAAGGCGAAACACGGCCCUGCGACCUAGUCCAACGUCUGCGAGCAGCAAAGGCGCAAGCCACACGCACGGUAAACGUGGAUCCGGACACCCCCAAACCUGACUUACACUUGCUCAAUCUGUGGGAUACCCGCAUCGAAGCGCUCACGCGAUACCGAGAGCGGGGCAAGAAACCAUGGUUGCGCAGGCGCCUUGACCAGGCGACGGAAGAGGCGCGCCAACACGCCCAGAACUUGGCACAAGAACGUUGGCAGGACCUCUGCAACCAAUUCAACGGACGGAUGCACCUACUCCAAAUAUGGAACAUGUUCAGGAGCUGGCAGGGCAAGUCAAAAAGACGGACGGCAGCACAGAUGCGAGAAGCUGAGAAGACCAGAAACCUCUACACUUUGAACCUGGCCGGGAAGCCCAUCAAGCGCAGCUCGACGGUCCGUGUAUUGGGUCUCUUUAUCGACCAAGACGGCAAAGCUGGCACGUGGAUGGCCCGCGUGAAAAAGGAAAGUCGGCAGAUCCUGCACCUCAUUCGCCGAGUGACCAGCAGAAGAUGGGGAACCGGCGAGAAAGAAACUCGGCAGCUCGUCCAGUCUCUCUUCUCAUCAAGAAUCUUCUACGGUUACAACUACCAUCACGUCACUACAAAACAACGGGAGGAGCUGGAAAAGUUAAACCGCGAAGCGAUACGAAUCGUAACGGGCCUUCCAAAGUACACCUGGACUGCGGACCUCUAUGCCCACGGCGGGCUGAACAGGCUGGCCGACGUGGCCGAGCAACUCUUGUCUGCACAGAGAACUCGGCUACUGAGCACACGUGCUGGGCAGAGGAUUCUCGCAGAGCUGGGAGACCUCCCACAACCGGCACCGCCGAUCCCCCCGGUGCAAGAGCCGCCAUGGGAACGACAAAUCAAUCUCACAGACGAUGCACCGCUCCCAAGUCACAUGGGCCCCGAUCAUCCUGAGAGGAGAUCCCGUUUCGCGGCAGCGCACGAGAAGCUUGUCAAAAACAGAGAUGGAAAGAAACACGUCUGCAUCUACACCGACGCGGCCGCAGAACAGCCGUCACCGGAAGAACCCGGAAGCCCUCUCCGAACAUCAAUAGCCUGGGUUGACACCACCACCCUCGAAGUGGAUGCGUGCGCGCUGCCCCCGGGUGUGGGCGUGAAGGGGGCCGAACUUGAAGCCAUUCUACGAGCAGCAAUACACGCAAAGGAACGUCACUCCGUCGGAACAAAGGUGACUGACAUCACUAUCUACACGGACUCCAGGGAGGCAUAUUUGGAGUGCCGUAACGCAAUCAAGAGUCAGAGCGAACGAGUGCGAAAUAUUCACGACGUCGCGAAACGCCUACUGCAUGACAGGAACGUCACACUACGAGUCGACUGGGUCCCGGCACACGCGGGUAUCCGGGCGAACGAAUGGGCUCACAGCGAGGCACGAGCAGCACUGCGCAGAUCAACCGUGUCAGACGCAACCAACAACACAAAAGAGCCCAGACACGCCCCAGCGCCGAGUGAAACUGGCCCGCCGGACGACUUACCAGACUCCGCGGAAUUAGCGGCAAUUGCCAAGAAGGAACGUAAAGCCAUCCUCCUCCGAUUGAGACAAGACGCCGCCGCCGCGAACCGUCACAACCGAGAGAUACCACCGAUGCCUCCAGACCUGAACCGCAGGGCACAGGUCACCAUAAGGCGGAUUAUCACCAACACCGCCCUCACGCCGGCACUCAGGCACAAGAUGUUCGGCGAUGAUCCCAACAAAGGCAAGUGCCGAGCCUGCGCAGUGCCGGCGACCACCUCGCACCUGGUCUGGGAGUGCCCGACCUAUGCCAGAGCCCGGGAACGCAUUCUGUCGGAGUUACCGGCAGAACACCGACCCACCAGCUACAUCGACUGGAUUCUACCCCAGGACACGUCGCUCGGGACUGUUCAACUCCUGUGGAAGCACCUCUGCCUCUUCGUCCACGCAGACGGAGGGCCUGGAGCCCUGCUUCUACACGGCCCGCCAAGGAAAGAAAUCCCCCGUGUCUCUCCCCCGCCGCUGCUGAUGCCGUAGGACAAGAGCAGCCUCGAAAAGG